AUGUCUGGCCGUGGUAAGAAAGCUGAACCCAGUCAAAAGACCUCAGUGUCCCGGUCUUCCAGAGCAGGGAUCACUUUCCCAGUGGGCCGCAUCCACAGGCUGCUGAAGAAGGGCCACUAUGCAAAGCGUGUGGGCGAUGGCGCCGCAGUGUACCUCGCAGCCAUCCUGGAGUACCUCUGCGCUGAAAUCCUCGAGCUGGCAGGAAAUGCCAGCCGUGACAACAAGAAGCGCCGCAUCGCUCCUCGCCACAUCUUGCUGGCGGUGAAAAAUGAUGAGGAGCUAAACAUAUUGCUGGCAGGGGUCACGAUCUCAGACGGUGGCGUCAUCCCCAACAUCCAGGCAAGCCUUCUCCCGAAGAAAACUAACCUCUCCAAAGAUGACAGCACUGCCAAAGACGUUCAGUCUCAAGAUUUUUAA